GUGAUUUUGCAACUCCUCGAGCUAUUUUGACAGGACAUGACUAUGAGAUCACGUGUGCGACCAUUUGUGCUGAACUUGGCCUGGUAAUAAGUGGUUCAAAAGAAGGACCAUGUCUCAUACAUUCUAUGAAUGGAGAUCUACUGAGGACAUUAGAAGGUCCUGAAACAUUAGAGGGUCCUGAAAACUGCCUGAGACCAAAACUUAUUCAAGCUUCAAGAGAAGGCCACUGUGUCAUAUAUUAUGAAAACGGUCUUUUCUGUGUAUUCAGUGUGAAUGGGAGACUUCAAGCCACUAUGGAAACAGACGACAAGAUAAAGGCAAUUCAGCUGAGUCGAGAUGGGCAGUAUCUGCUUACAGGUGGAGACAACGGAGUUGUCAUGGUAUGGCAGAUGUGGGACCUCAAGCAGCUUUUUGCUUACCCAGGGUGUGAUGCCGGAAUCCGAUCCAUGGCCCUGUCGUAUGACCAAAGGUGUAUCAUGACUGGCAUGGCAUCUGGGAGCAUAGUGGUUUUCUACAAUGAUUUCAAUCGUUGGCACCACGAGUAUCAAACCAGAUACUGAUCUUCACAGAGACAAAGAUCAGCACUGAUGUGGGCAUCUGUUGUCAGAAGGAACACAGCACGCCUCCCUUGGUGUCUUGCCACAGCGUUGUUCCUUAUAAAUAGCUAUAUUACAUCUGAAUGUAACUUAAAUUUGCUGGAAGAAGCAACCUAUUUUUUAAAGUUAAUUGCUAUUUUUGUAGACCUUGCUUGACUUUUUUGGGGGAAGGGCAAAGAAGCAGAAAAAUGGCUGCUGGGUUCUGUAGUUAAAAGAUCUAUAUUUUUAGUCAUAAUGAGAAGUCUAUUUUGAUCCCUGUAUGUAAAAGAAACCUAAAGUAAAAAUGGUUAAAAC